ACCUCAGAAUCUUCUCCCUGUCACUCAGCUGAACUCACAUCUCCCAUCAGCAUGUCCUACAGCUGCUGCUCUGGAAACUUCUCCUCCCGCUCCCUUGGGGGUUACCUGCGCUGCCCAAGCUCCUCCUACCCCAGCAACCUGGUCUACUGCACGGACCUCUGCUCUCCCAGCGCCUGCCAGCUGGGUUCCUCCCUCUACAGCGGCUGUCAGGACACCUGCUGCGAGCCCACCAGCUGCCGGAAGUCCUGCGUGGUGUCCAGCCCCUGCCACUUGUCCUGCUACCGCCCGAGGACCUCCACGCUCUGCAGUCCCUGCUGGACUGCUUACCCUGGGUGUGUGGGCUUUGGGUCCAGGAGCUGUCGUUCCCUGGGCUCUGGAUCCAGAAGCUGCUACUCCCUAGGCUCUGGAUCCAAAAGCUGCUAUUCCCUGGGCUGUGGAUCCCAGGGCUUCAGAUCCCUGGGUUAUAGAGUCUGUGGUUUCCCCUACCUGAGCUAUGGAUCCAGUUCCUGUCGCCCAAUCUAUUUUCCUUCUAGAAGUUUCCAUUCAUCUUGUUACUGGCCACUCUGUAGGUCUGGUUGCUACUGA